AGACAGUUGGUAAUUCCCUUCAUCGGCCUUGUGGUGAUCAUCUGGUCUUAACCUGUAUGGAGCUUCUGAGAAGCACUUUCACAGCAUUAAAAGUCAGCAAUGAUUUUUUGAGAAAACUUGUGUAAGCUUGUGCACAUUAAAUUGUUAUAAUUAAUUUUUAUGGAAUAAAACAUAACAUGAAUUAAUUAUAAGGAAACAAAUAUUUGAUGCAGGGUAAUUAUCUAUUAACAGAAAAGAUAAUAAAAAAAAUAAAAAUUUAUGUGGACCCGCUCCUCUUAGUUAGCACUCUCUUAUUUGUUGGUUUUAAGUGGGGGCAUACAAAACACAUUCUCCUCAACGUAUCAGUAUCAAUCAAUCAGAUAACAGAAAUAACAGAAUUCCUCAUGUGUUGGAGAAAAUCUUUUGACUUUUGAACGUUGGAGAUCUUCUUUUUCUUUCUCUUUGUUUAAUUUUUCUUUUUUGGCUUGGGAGUUGUUUCACUUUCUCUUCAAGCACCAGUAGAAUAGAAACUGCCUUCUAAAAUUUCCCUUCUUAUCUAUCUCUUCUUCUUGCAGUUUCUCUACCCACAGUUACCUUCUUCCUCUGAUCAACUUCUGUUUUUCUCUAGCCAAAAGACCUUGUACCACCAAGUCCAUACAUUCUAUUUUGUAAAAUUUACAGAAGCAGUGUCCAGAGAUGGACGAAUAUGAUGUAUCACCUUGGUUGUCCAAGCCUACAUUCCCAAAAGAAAAGCAUCUCCAAGCACAUGAAUUUCCCUUCUCUUUAGACAGAAAAAAUCUGGCUGCAAGAUCAGCUAAAGUUUCUGCAUUGCUCAAAGAAAAUCCCCAAGUAGAACUCUCUAGUCUUCUCCAAGAUAUCCCUGCUGAUACAAAAACUCUCGAGCUUGUUUUAAGAUUCUGCCAUGGGUUUGAACUGACUUUCUCCUCCGAGAAUGUUAUCCAGCUCAUUUGCCUUUCUAACUAUUUGGAGAUGACAGAUACAUUCAGCAAAAGUAAUCUGCUAAAUAAGGCUGUUACUUUCUUUGAACAAAGAGUCCUUCCUAGUUGGGAUGAGACUAUCAGAGCUUUGCGUUCAGCGGGUAGUUCCCUUCAAGAAGCCGUGAAUUUGGGCUUAUUUGACGUUUGUUUAGAGUCUCUUGUCAAAAAAGCUCAGGUUAAUCCGCAUCUUCUUGGGGAUCCAUUCAAGAACUCAACGAAUGUUGAGAAUUGUGGAGAUGAGGAGGAAGACUAUAGACCAAAAGUAAGACGCAGACUCUUUGGUCUUGAUUGGGAAUCAGAGGAUUUGACAACACUUUCCCUUCAGCUAUAUCAUCGUAUCGCUUUCACUAUGAAUAAGCACCAGAUCCCACCAAAGUAUGUGGCUGCAUCGCUCUGUAAGUAUGCAGAGAAGUGGGUUUUCUACAGUGACGAAGGAGUGGAGAAUGUGUCAAUUUACAAAAGAAACUCUAAAAGGGAUGUGAUUGAAGCAGUGGAAAGUCUUCUGCCUCAUGAGAAAGGACUAAUUCCCUGCACAAUAUUGUUCAAAAUGCUUAAGUUUGCGAUUCCCUUGGAAUCUAGCAGUGAAUGUCAAAAUGGAUUGGAGAAUAGAAUCGGGAAGCAGCUAGAGCAGGCAACAGUCGAAGACCUCUUAAUACUUUCUCAAGGUUAUGCCAAGGAAACGCAAUAUGAUAUUGAAUGUGUGAGGAGGCUUCUGAAGCAGUUUUAUGGCAACUAUAGUAGUUCUGACAGUUCUGGCCUUAAUGCCGUGGCACAACUCAUUGAGGAAUUCAUUAUAGAGGUUGCAAGCGACAUAGAUUUGAAGAUAAAUACAUUUGCUGAACUUGGUGAGAUGUCAAUGGCAGUAUCAUUAGGAACAGAGAAAAACUGCGAUGGAAUAUACAGGGCUGUUGAUAUUUACUUAGACAAGCAUAGAUAUUUAACAGAAUUGGAAAGGGAGGAGGUUUGUAGGAUGUUGGAUUGUUAUAAACUAUCGCCUGAAGGUUGUGAACAUGCUGCAAACAAUGAAAGAUUGCCGUUGAGGUUCAAGGUGCAGAUAUUGUUUGUAUGGCAGUCACAGAUGCGAAAUUCAAUUGCGAAUCAGGUCAAUGUAUUCUGCGAAAAAUUAAGAACAGAGGGAGUGGAUGAAGAUGAGGAGAAAGAGGUAAAAGCAGUGGAUUUUGAUGAGGAAGAAGUAAGGAGUGAGAUGGAGAAAAUGAGCAUCAAAGUCAUGGAGUUAGAGAAAGAGUGUUGUGAAAUGAGAAAAGAAAUUGAGAAUGGUUGCAGCAAUCAUCAUAAAAUGAAGAAAGGGAAGAUUAGUAUGUGGAAGGAAAUGAAGAGAAAGUUGGGGUGCAUGAGUAGCAUACAUGACUGUAAUUGCCAAGUCAAGAAGAAGAAGAAGGUGCACCCAAAACACUAAGACUUCACUUAUCAGAUUCAUUUAUAAUUUCUGCUUGUUCUGAAAAAAAUAAUUGGAUUACACACUAUGUAUGCACUUUUUGACCUGAAUUAGCUAGCCUUAAAUCUGGUUUAGCAUAUGUUUCAUCUACAUAAUAGCAAAGAUGCAUCUUCAAAUGCUCAUGCAACUUGUUUUUUUUUUUGUCAUAAGAAGCUUA